CCAUCUGGUCCACAGUGGACCACACUGGACCAAGUGGAGAUCAUGAUAGUCGAGUCGCCCGACGUCGACGACUGUCCGCCGGUCGGUACGUCGCACCGGCGGCAGAAGUCGAUGAACGAGGAGUUGCUCGAGAUGGUGAGCGCCGACUCGACGAAGGACGAGUUCCGGGAGAAGCUGCGCACCGUGAGUCCCCAGGACGUGGACCAGCACCCGAGCCCCGCCGCGUCCCCGAAGACGCCGUUCAAGCCGAUGAUGCGGUUGUCGAGCGACGACGUCUUCGCCCUGGACGCGUCGGACCCCGCGGGCCGCCCGCGCGACGUCCGGCCGGGCACGCGCGUGUCGGGCCUCGUGCUCCGCGGCGUGCCCGCGCGGCCCCGCGCGCCCAAGACCGCGCGCGACCGCGGCUGGGCGCGGCUCUUCGGGUUCGCCCUGGUCCUGGGGGUGGCGUGCCUCGCCUACGAGCCGCCGCCGCUCGACCGCGCGGCGGCGUGCGUCGCCCUGGCGGCGUCGGCGGCGGCCGUCGAGGGCCUGGCCGUGAGAGCCUGGGCGCGCGGCGCGCCGCUCGCGAGCGCCGCGCUCGCCGCGUGCCUCGCGCGGCUCGCCGUCGCCGGCGCCUGCGCCCUCCGCGGCGCGUCCGCGCGGUCCGACGAGGCCGCGGCCUUCGCCUGGGGCGGCCUCGCGUGCGGCCUCGUCGCGUCGGCGGCGGCGCCCGCGGCGCGGCGCCGCCGCGUCCGGAGCAACGAGGCCUUCGCGGGCGCCGUGCGGGCCAUGGCCGCGGGCCGCACUCGUCGCGGCGCCGCGGCGGCCCAGGCCGGCGCGGUCGGCCUCGCGGUCGCGGCCGCGGCGCCGUCGCUGCCGUCGCUCGGCGCGGCGGUCGCCGCGGCCUGGCUCUGCGGCGUCCUGCGGCUGCUCGCCUUCGCGGCGGCCUGCGGCGCGGAGCUCCGCGCCUACGCGUCCGCGGACGCGGCCCCGGCGAGCGAGCUCGGCGGCUUCCGCCUGCUGUCGACGUCGCUCGGGAGCCUCGCACAGGCCGCCGUCGCGCUCCCGGCCGCGGCCGCCGCGCGGUGGCUCCUGGGCCGCCGGCGGCGCGACGCGGCGCCCCUCGCGGCGGCGCUCACGGGCCGCGAGCGCGGCGCCGCGCGGCUCGCGAGCCUCGCGAACGCGGCGACGGACCUCGGCGUCGCGCACGUCGCCGUCGCCGUCCACCACAAGGCGUUCCGCGCGUCGGCCGUCGCCGUCGACGGCGUCCUCGGCGCGGGCGGCGCCCGGGCCGCGCUCCGCGACGACGACGACGCCGCGCCGGGGUUCCGGGACGCCGCGGGCGCGGCCGCGGACGCGCUCGCGGCCGUCGCGCUGCUCGUCGCCGCGCGGCCCGUCGGCGUCGCGCUCGCCGUCGCCCUGUGCGCGCGCGUCGCGGGCGCGCUCGUCGCGGCGCCCUACGUCGCCGCCGUGCAGUCCGCCUACCUCGCGAGCCUCGAGUGCCCCCGGGGCCUCGCGAAGCGCGCGCCGCUCAUCUACCAGCGGCUCCGGCGCCUCGCGGACGAGAGCCGCGCGGACGCGCGCCGCGACCGCCAGGCCGUCGCCAGCCUCCUCCACCGCGGCGGCGACGGCGACGACGCGGACUGCCGAGACGACGACGCGUCGGACCACCGCGCCGUUAAAUUCUCGGUCUAG